GAUUUCCUGACUAAGCUGAGCUGGGGUGUGCCGGGGUCGCAACAGCAGCGACACGGUAGAACCAGGAGCUCUGGCCCCCAAAGCACUUUCAUUCGAUGUGGGUGACCUGGAGCUCUUGAUUAGCCGCCCGACCACGACUUUUCGCCCAGCUUGAACAACACAACCCAUCCACGACAUACCAACACAUCUACGACAGUCUGUGACCGCAAAUCCUGGAGGCGCAAGGGGGGAACACAAUAGCUCUUGAACCGCGGUUGCAAAAUACUCUCCAGUCGCUCGUUCUCUUCUACAUCGUCUUCAUCACGGAGACCACCCCCCGAUACCAUACCAUCCCACACCACCACCACUCCAUCACCUCCUUUCACAAUGGCAAUGGCGCCGAGCUCGCCCCGGCUGCCCAGUCCGCCGCCGCCCGCUGAGAUCCAAAUCGGUCCCAAGUCCCCUUCCAUGGGUGCGCAAUCGAAUCGCGAAGCCUCACCAAUGGAGCAGUCUCUCAUUGAAGCCAACUCGAGGCGUCGCAUACACCCGGGAACAAAGGCCGCCGACAUGGCUGCUGGACCGCCGCUUAUCCCCCUUAAUGAGCUCGACUCGGCCUUCCAGCUCCAGGAGCAUCUCGCCGCACUUCACUACCACCACACCAAGAGUAACAGCGUCCCGAUAACCCGUACGACCGCAAUCCAGCUGGCAACGCCCCCGCCGGGCAUCGACCGCACUCUCUGGCUGUACGAACUGUGUCGCUUCCUCAUCUCGCAAUGCAACACCCUCAUUGUCGGCUUCCUCUUCGAUUCCCCACCCUGCAGCGCGGCGACGUGUCCCGAGAUGCGCGCGUCAGAGUGGCAGUUCCUCUGCGCCGUCCACGAGCAGCCCAAGAGCUGCUGCGCCAUCGAUUACUGCUGCCACACGCUCGACUGGGCCGCCAAUAUCGUCACGGAUCCCAAAAUCUUCCCCUCGCGCUUCGUCGUCCUCUCCGACGUUCACAACAAGGGCGUCGCCGUCAAGAACCUCGUCAACGUCUUCCGCCGCUUGCAUCGCAUCUUCGCGCACGCCUGGUUCCAGCACCGCGCUGUCUUCUGGACCAUUGAGGGUCAGACUGGACUCUACGUCUUCUUCAAGACCGUGUGCGACAUGUACGACCUCCUCCCCGCCGAGAACUACAAGCUCCCACCUGAGGCCGAGGGCCUGGAGACGGCAACGGCGGUGCCCGAUGCCAACGGUGGUGAUAAGAAGCAGCUUCCAAUGUCCAUUGUGAAGCCCAGCCACCGUGAGAGCCUCGGACAGAGCGAAGACGACAACUUUCAGCCUGUUGGCCGUACUGCUACGAGACGUCAUGUCAGGGCGAGUCCCUCUGUCGGUAGUGCUGUGACGACAGUCGUGGAGGCUGACGAGGAAGAUAAUGUUGUAACAAAUAAGUUGCGGGAGAUGCGCAUCUCUGCCCCUGAGACGCUCGAGGAGGAGCCCGAAGUGGCCGACGUGCCGGUGAUUGUUGAAAAGGAGAUUAUUGGGGAUGCGUCGCCCACGGAAGAAAAGGAAGAGGCCGCUGCGGCAGAGCCUCAAGUGGUCGAAACCGACUACCCUGAUACAGAAUCCGAUGCGGAAACGACUUUGGUCUAUGAAGAAACCGAGGGCGGUAUGGCCCACUCAAACCAACCGCGGCCAGAUUUGAACUUCGGUGAGGAUGAGGACGUUCCUGCAUCAGGAAGUGAGGCAGCAGCCGAAGGUACCGACGAGGCUAAAGACGCAGAUGACAAGACGGCGGAUGAGACUCCCAAUGCAACAGCUAAGGAUGACGAUGAAUCUGGCGAGAUUCCAGACGUCAGCACUCACGACUUUGCUCAGGAGUCAACCGCCAAAGUAGACGAGACUACGACGACAACAGAUGCCGCAGAUGCGGACAGCAAGGCCGAAGAAGCCGACAAGGCGGAGGAAACGGAGCCCGAGCACGAGGCAAAGGAGGAGAAGGCGGAGGAGGCCGAGGGGGCUAAAAAGGAGGCAUGACAGAGGGAGAAAAGGGGGGUUUAAUGACUUUGCGUAUUGAUGAAUGUUCAAGCCACAGACUUGAUGCCUAUCGGUCAAACCCAGGGGGCGGUGGUUCUGAGUUGGGCAGGAUACUGGUAGACCAUUUUUCUUCUUUUUUUCUAUUAUUGUAAUGAGACGAGGCCC